AUGGAAAGAGUUAUAGAAAAGUAUAAGAACCAAAUCGUUCACUCUGUCGAAGAGUACAACGUGCUUGUUCUCUCAGGAUACCCAGACAGUUAUAUGUACUCAUUUGUUCCGUUUUACCUGUUUAACCGAGGCUUUACAGACCAAGUCAAACAGACCCCUAACCCCCCCAAAAUUUGCACAGUUUUCAACAACAAACAAGAUGUCCUUUAUUUUAGUGACCUCUGCUCAGCACUGGUCAGUGAUCAAUCCAAAGUUAAGUAUCUUAUGAUGGUUUUUUACUGUUUGACAAAAAUUUUAGUGACAACUAUACUUGACGAUAACUCCAACUAUAAUAAGAAGAGCGAAAUUGUGUACACAACCGACGAGUAUAUAAUCCGAAAAUUAUUAGUGGACCCCUUGCUGUCAGAAUUCUCUGUGUUCGUGUUGUGCAACCUACAAGAAAGACCAAUCAACAUGGACGUGCUUUUGGCACUUUUUAAGCGUCUCCUGAACGUCAGGAAAAGACUCAGACUGGUCCUGCUGUAUCAGUCGACAAACGUUAACUACAUUCUUGAAUAUUUUAAGAGGGAAACAAGCAAUGAGUCAAAUGAACCGGACAACGUCCCAACGCCAGAUUUUUGUCUAGGAGACUUCCCAUUAAAAGACGUCCAAUAUAUUUAUCUGGAAAACGAAUUCUCCUUCUAUAAAGUUAAUUACUUGUCAAGACCGACCUCCAAUUACUUGGAAACACUCAUAUCAACAGUGUAUGAUAUAUGUAAGAAUGAGAGUCGUGAUAAUAUCCUAAUAUUUGUGCCGACACGUGAACACGCACAUUUACUGAAGGCGGAACUUGAAGAAAUCGCAAAUCAGUUCUCGAGCGAUAAAGGCAUAAUUAACGUCAUGUGCCUUAGAGCUAACAUUUAUAUGGAAGAAAAGGAAAACGUUCUGAGGAACAUUUUCAUAUGCACAGAUGUAAAUGAUUAUAACUUCGGGAUGGGAGAAAUAACGUACCUGGUGGAUAGCUGUCUCACCAGACGACUUUCAUCAGAGUACCUAAACACUGGAAUGAGCGAGAAUAUUACACCCUCAACCAGAGAGGAAAUGAUGAUUAAAUCAUCACUAAUACAUAACGUACGUAGAGGACUGUGUUACCGAUUAAUGACGCAAGAUGAUUAUAAUUCAAUAGUGCAAGAGUUUAUAGUGCCUGAGAUCAUGACGAAGGAUCUCACACUGAUGGUGCUGCUAUUGAAAUCCCUGGGAAUCUCAAAGUUAAGCGACUUCGACUUUUUGACUAAGCCACCAGCAGAAUCGCUCAAGCACUCUCUCUUCACACUUUAUAUGCUAGGCGCCAUAGACGCCUCUGGCGAGUUGGUUUACCCGAUUGGAAACCUGAUGGCUGAAUUGAGGGUUACGCCAUACCUCUCUAGUUUCUUGUAUAGAUCAGUGGAGUCUGGAUGCUCAGAAGAAGCACUAAUCAUAUAUUCAAUGCUUCAGGUGAAGGAAAUUUUGUGGAAAAAGUCUUGUAAGAUAUAUCGUAACGAGUCCUCAUACCACACUGACCGCUUGGAGAGUGCAAAGUUAGCCUUCGCAGCACUUGAGGGAGAUUUGGUUUCCUAUUUCAACAUGUUUCAAUUGUCGCAGUAUUAUAAGGAUGAAGAUGACAGAUGGCUGUCAGUGCAUAUGGUUAACGAAAGAGCAAUACAAAUGGCCGAGAAAAUAAAAACCAAGACAACCAAACUCCUCGCGAAGUACGACCUCGAAACUAACAGCUGCGAUGGCAACGUUGAGCUCCUCAUCAAGACGAUUUUUUCUAGCUUCUUCCUAAACGUGGCUUGCAAGGAAUAUCUAGUCCAAAACUUCCAAAACUCAAAUCAAAUCAUAAGUCACCUGAAAGACAACAAGCCUUUGCACGUUUCUGAUCCCAAGAUAGAAGAUCAACAACCAUAUGUUUUAGUUAAAUCGUACCAAAAGUUUAAUUACAAGCCACUGUAUAUACACCCAUCUUCCUUCAUUGUUAAUGAGCAGCCGGACUGGGUCGUGUUUAACGAAUCCAACACCAUUGAUGGGAAGUUAUAUAUGCAUGACGUAACAACUAUAAGACCAGAGUAUCUUAAUUGGUUAUUAUAUACUUAA